CAUUUUCUCAUUUUCCGGUUCGAAACCCACCCUUUGGGGUUUUGCGACGACACUACCCACUUCCAAUUUCAUUUCAAGGCCACGGUAAUUUAACCCUUGAUUUCUCAUGGCAAAACGAAACUGCAUCGUUGUUCUCUCAUCGGACGAUGAAGAUGAUGCUUCCAACUCCAACACUCCUUCACUGCGUUCCACCCGCAGCUGCACAAAGCCCAAACCGAGGUCAACAACCUCCCGAGGUCACAAGAGGGCCCGAGUUUCCCGUUCUGGACCUCACUUCUCUAAGGUUCACGAGAUCAACUUAUUUGAUGAUGACUUCAGUCAAGUGUUUACUGGGUCAAAGGUAUCUGCUGGUACUCAAAGGAGCAACGCAGAGGAGCUGUGGGUUAAUAAAUACGAGCCCCAUUCACUGGAAGAGCUGGCUGUCCACAAGAAAAAGGUGGAAGAAGUUAAGACAUGGUUCGAGGAAAGGUUGAAACCUUCAAAGGGUCUCAACAGAAAUAAUGUUCUUGUCGUCAGUGGGCAGGCAGGAGUUGGAAAAUCUGCUACUAUACAUGUAAUCGCAGCUCAUCUGGGAGCAGUAGUAUGUGGAUGGAACACGCCUACACCUGUAAUUUGGCAAGAACAUCUGUAUAACACUGGCACAGGGACACGGUACACAUCCAAGUUGGAUGAGUUUGAAACUUUUGUUGAUAGAGUACGAAAAUAUGGAUUAAUGCCAACUUCCUUUGAUGUGGAGUCAAAGCCUUCCACCAUACUUUUAAUAGAUGAUCUUCCCAUGACAAAUGGGAAAACUGCCUUUGAAAGACUUAAAUAUUGCUUGCACCUUUUGGUGCACUCAACUCAAAUACCCACAGCAAUUUUGGUCACAGAUUAUGGCAAUGUUGAUUCAGCAGACUGUAAUGCACGGUGCAUGGAAGAACUUAAGCUAUCUCUAGAGAGUUCCGGGGCUUGUAAGGUUGCGUUCAAUCCAAUUACAACGAAUUCGAUUAAGAAGAUACUCUUUAGAAUAUGUCAAAUGGAGCACUGCGAUGUGAGUGCUGAUGAUGUUGAUCUAAUAGCAAAAGCAAGUGGAGGUGACAUCAGACAUGCAAUUACUUCCUUACAGUUUUUCUGUCUGAAACCGAAUCAAGUACAUUCUUUGUCUCUAUCUACUCGCGCUCCCCGUGCCUCAAAAGAGUCUAGAAAUAAACCUGUGGAAUUAGAUGAUAUGUAUCCCUUGCACUUUGGCAGGGAUGAGACACUUUCUUUAUUUCAUGCCUUGGGGAAAUUUUUGCACAAUAAAAGGGAGACUGGAGUUGCAAUAGACUUUGACCAAGAUGACUUUCUUAUACGAGAGAAUUUUUCAAGAUUACCAUUGAAAAUGGAUGUCCCAGAGAAGAUUCUCUGUCAAGCCCAUGCGCAACCUGGUCCAGUUGCUGAGUUUCUGCAUGAAAAUGUUCUGGAUUUUUUGAAUGAUGAAGCCAUAGAUGAUGCGUGGGUUUUGUCUUCAUAUCUAGGGGAUGCUGACAUUCUUCUUGCCAAACUUCGGGGAACGUUAUCUAGUAAUAGUGAGGCAGAGAGUGUUUUACAAUCAGCUGCUGCAUCCAUAGCUGUUCGUGGGGUACUAUUUGGAAAUUCUCAUCCACUUUCCUCCAGGUGGCAUGCAAUUCGUCGACCGAAGCUCUGGCAUGUCGAGAAAGCAUCAAGAUACAACAAAAAUGAAAUGCUUAGGCAGAGAAUCCCUGCUUAUCAACGGCUUAGUUCUUAUCAUAUGUCAAUUAUGGCCACAGAGUUUAUGCCUAUGUAUAAAUUGCUUGGAAAUAGGGCAUGUGGUGAAUAUGACGAACUACAUCAGGAAUCAGUAGAGAACUUGGAUAUGGAAGAUUUUGAACUUGACAAAAUGAGCCUAGAUGACCCAGCUAUGGCGAUAUCCGAAGAUGACAUAGAAGAUUGGUAGGUUUGCAACAUGUAAUGAGAUGAGGCUGUUCAGCUUGCGGUCCUUCCUUUAAUGCAUAUAAUUAGAUACCUCUGCUUUUUGUCUCCGUUGUUGAUUUAGGCUGAAGCUUUUCUUAGGUUGGCAAGUUUGUUUUGGGACACAAUUGCUUUUAAUGAGAAUGUGCUGGUGUAAAUAUCAAUCACUUAACUUUUUUUGUAUGAAAGUAACUAAGGUAAUAUUUAGCACAUUGAUAUAGAACAGAAUAGACAGUAGACAGUUUGAUUUA